AUGAGCAUGGAGCAUAAGUACAUCUACAAGAAUGCGAAGUUCGAAAAGCCUUUCUUCAGCACUUAUUUGAAGACUUCCAUGUUUUCCGUUUACUUGCUGGGAUUAUGUCUUUGGCCACCAUGGAGAGACCAAUGCAACAGACCUUCAAAUUACAUGUACAUUGAACCUGAUAUGGACGAUGAGUUUUAUACUGAAGCAAAUACUAGUCUUAGUGAUCCCACAUUCGUGCCGAUCAAGUUUCCUGAAAGAAAUGAAAGAAACUCCGGCACUGAGAGUGAUGACUCAUCAGUGCAGAGAUCUGUUCGAUUCAGCAAAUUGGCAGAGGUACGCCACAUGUCUGAGUCGGAUGCGAAGGAGGCGUUGCUGGCGCGUCUGUCGUAUCAGGCCAGCCUGCGAGCCAAUGACGCGGCGCGUCGACAAGCCUGCAAACUGGGCGUCGACAAGGUGGCCAAACUGGCGCUUGUCUUCUGCCUGCUUUGGUUUGUCGCCAACUACACAUUCCAGGCAGCGUUGUCGGAGACAGAGAGCGCAGUGGCGACCGCUCUCUCCUCUUCGUCUAGUCUGUUCACGCUGCUGCUGUCUGCACUCUUCCCCUCCAACCUGGGCGAUCGCUUCUCUCUCUCCAAACUGGUCGCCGUCUUUGUCAGCAUCUGCGGAUUGAUUCUUGUUAGUCUGUCCGACAUGUCGACAAAAGUGCAGGUACCUUUUGGAGCAAUACUUUCCCUGAUUAGUGCUUUCUUUUAUGCGUGCUAUCUAGUCUUGUUGAGGCGUAAAGUUGACCAUGAAGAUAAAAUGGACAUUCCUGUAUUUUUCGGAUUUGUUGGUCUCUUCAACUUUCUUCUUCUUUGGCCAAUGUUCUUUCUUCUCCACUACACACAUUGGGAGUCGUUUGAAUGGCCCAACAAACACCAGUGGACUUUUCUUCUCAUUAAUGGACUGGUGGGCACAGUGUUCUCUGAAGUUUUGUGGCUAUGGGGCUGCUUUCUGACAUCGUCGUUGAUAGCGACUGUAGCAAUGAGCCUGACAAUUCCGAUGUCGAUGUUGGCCGACGUGCUGUUCGAGCGGGUGCACUAUCCU